AUGACCAAAGAUCUCUUCAGGCUCAUCAUCACCCUCAGUUACUAUGCCCUGAUCCUCAACACCUCUAAUCUCCAUGGCGACCCGUUCUUGAACUGCUUCCUGUCUGCGCUGGUCGAAGUUCCUGCUUACUUCAUCGCUCUGCUCCUGCUGCGGUUCACGGCCCGCCGCCUCUGCCAGUCCUCCACGCUGCUGUUCGGGGGCCUCAUGAUCCUCUUCGUCCACCUCAUCCCCUUCGGUCUCCCGGUGGUGGGCGUGGUCUUGGAGAUGUUGGGGAAGUUUGGGAUCACCUCGGCCUUCUGCAUUGUGUACGCCGUGUCCUCAGAGGUCUUUCCCACAGUCAUCCGUAACACUGCAGUGGGCUGCUGCUCCAUGUCGGCUCGCAUCGGUAACAUCGCCUCCCCUUUUGUCAUCUAUCUGGCACAGUGA